GUAGAAGGAGGCGGGAGCGGAUAAAAGGAGGCGACUGCAGAGAGUUUCUCCACUGACAGCUGAUCAGGACGAAGAGGAGGAUGAGGAGGACUCCGCUGUGGCUGCUGGCCUCUCUGGCCUUCGUCUCUUUCACUUCUCUGGCUGAUGGAGCUCCACUGCAUGUGAUGUCUGCCCCCAACUUGUUGCGGGUAGGAACAGCAGAAAAUGUCUUUGUGGAGUGUCAGGACUGCUCCGGAGGAGACAUCGGGGUUGAAAUCAGAGUGCUGAGCCAUCCAACAAAAAGCCAAAGGCUGGCAACCACAUCUGUGACCCUAACCAGUGCAAAAAAGUUCCAGGGACUUGGAAAAAUAACGAUCCCUGCAGAAGACUUCAGUAAAGAUCCGAACGUGAAGCAGUAUGUAUACCUGCAAGCACAGUUUCCUGGCCGAGUGCUGGAGAAAGUCAUUUUAGUGUCCUUCCAGUCUGGGUACAUCUUCAUCCAGACUGACAAGACCAUUUACACCCCCAACAGUGAUGUUCUUUACAGGAUGUUUGCAGUGACGCCACACAUGGAGCCCGUAGAGAGGGACGAUGCAACCAAAGUUGAUGCUUCGAUUGCCAUUGAGUUUGUGACCCCUGAAGGCAUCGUUUUACCAUCAUUUGCUCCAGUCUCCUUAGAAUCAGGGAUCUAUUCGGGAGAUUUCCAUCUUACUGAUAUUGUCAGUCUGGGUCUGUGGAAAGUGGUGGCCAAGUUCCAGAACAACCCACAGCAGAACUAUUUUGCAGAGUUUGAGGUCAAAGAAUACGUGCUGCCCAGUUUUGAGGUAAAACUGACACCUGUGAGCCCGUUCUUCUACAAGGACAGUGACGAGCUCACCGUCAACAUCAAAGCUACGUAUCUGUUUGGUGAAGAGGUGAAUGGGAUGGCCUAUGUGGUGUUUGGGGUGAUUACUGCAGAUGGUGAAAAGAGGGGCUUUCAGAAUUCUAUUCAGAGAGUGCCGAUUCAGAGAGGUCGUGCAGUGGCCAAACUGAAGAGAGAACAAAUUACAAAUAUCGACAACCUGGUGGGGAGCUCCAUAUAUGUAUCUGCCAGCGUGCUGACGGAGAGCGGUAGUGAAAUGGUGGAAGCAGAGUUGAGAGGUAUCCAGAUUGUAACAUCACCUUACUCCAUCACCUUCAAGAAAACACCGAAAUACUUCAAACCAGGGAUGUCCUUCGAUGUUGCGGUUGAAGUUACGAAUCCUGACGGUUCUCCAGCACGAGGUGUUGCUGUGGUGGUUGACCCCGGCCGGGUGAUGGGUGUAACCGCAGCCAAUGGUAUGGCACGGGUUACAGUCAAUACAGAGCCAAGUAACCAAAGACUGGCAAUCACUGCAAAAACCAAUGAUCCUGAUAUUUUAAGUGACAGACAGACAUCAGCCACCAUGGUAGCUCUUCCAUAUACCACCACAACCAACAACUACAUCCACAUAGGUGUGGAUACAGCUGAAAUAGAAUUAGGAGACAACCUAAAAAUCAACCUCGUCCUGACCAGGCGGGAAACUCAUCCCACUGACAUCACAUACCUGAUCCUGAGUAAAGGUCAACUGGUGAAAAGUCGCAGUUACACAACAAGAAAGCAAGUGCUGAUUUCCCUGACAGAAAUUGUUACCAAAGACAUGCUGCCAUCAUUCCGCAUCGUAGCUUACUACCAUACAAAUGCUAAUGAAGUGGUAUCAGACUCUGUUUGGGUGGAUGUCAAGGACUCCUGCAUGGGCUCGCUGACGCUGGAAUCAUCGACACCCGCUCUGUCCUAUGGGCCUAACGCGACGUUAAACAUGAAGGUCACUGGAGACCCAGGGGCCACAGUAGGACUGGUGGCAGUUGACAAAGGGGUCUACGUCCUCAACAACAAGCACCGUCUGACACAGAAAAAGGUGUGGGACGUUGUAGAGAAGUAUGACACAGGCUGCACACCAGGUGGAGGGAAAGACGGGAUGAGUGUGUUCUUUGAUGCUGGGCUGGUGUUUGAGUCCAGCGCGGCUUCUGGGACUCCCUACAGACUAGAACUGAAAUGUCCUACCCCCAGCAGGAGGAAACGAUCCCCUACUAUAUUGGACUUCACAAACAGCUUAGCCAGUGAGUAUACAGACCCUCUGCAGCGUGACUGUUGUUUGGAUGGCAUGAAGAAAACUCCCCUUUCAUACACCUGUGAGAUUCGCGCAGAGUACAUCAGUGAUGGUACAGCCUGCGCCGCGGCCUUCGUGCACUGCUGCAAGGAGUUGGAAACCAUGCGAGCUGAGAGGAAAGAGGAUAGCUACAUACUCGCUCGCAGUGAAGAACGUGAGAGUUACAUGGACAGCGAUGAAAUUGUUUCUCGCAGCAACUUCCCUGAAAGUUGGCUGUGGACCGAUAUCAAACUUCCUGCUUGCUCUCGACACACUCCUAACUGUGAAACCACAUCAAUUACGCAAGAUGUUCGUUUGCCAGACUCAAUCACAACCUGGGAGUUCACUGGUAUCAGUCUGUCAAGAACUCACGGAAUCUGUGUUGGCGAACCGUUAGAGGUGAUUAUUUGGAGCCAAUUCUUCAUUGAUCUCAGACUGCCCUACUCUGCUGUCCGUGGAGAGCAGAUAGAAGUGAGGGCAGUUCUCCACAACUACACCCCCAGUCGUAUCACCGUGCGCGUGGAUCUGAUUGAGAAGGCAGAUGUGUGCAGUGCAGCUUCUAAACGUGGAAAGUAUCGCCAGGAGGUCCAAAUGGAGGCCCAGAGUACACUAUCUGUACCCUUUGUCAUCAUUCCCAUGAAAGAAGGAAAAUACAGCAUUGAAGUCAAAGCAGUUGUCAAAGACUCGUCGAUCACUGAUGGAAUCGUGAGGGACCUGAAGGUCGUGUCUGAAGGCGUGCUGGUUAAAUCAUCUCAGAGUGUAACUCUAGACCCCACCACUCAAGGUGUAGGUGGUAAACAAGAAAUAACUCUGAACAGUAGGAUUCCUCAGACAGAUUUGUUUCCAAACACACCUACUAGCACACUGAUCUCAUUGACAGGGAGAGAACAAGUUUCUGCACUGGUGGAGAACGCCAUUAGUGGGAAGGCUAUGGGUAGCCUGAUCAAACAGCCCCAUGGCUGUGGAGAGCAGAACAUUGCUAGCAUGACCCUGCCUGUCAUUGCAACCACAUAUUUGGACAAAACCAACCAGUGGGAAACUGUGGGCUUUCAGAAACGUAACGAAGCUCUCCAAUACGUGAAGACUGGCUACCACAACGAGCUCAAUUAUCGUAAAAACGAUGGGGGUUUUGCUGUGUUCACGUCGAGUAAGAGCAGCACCUGGCUGACAGCCUAUGUUGCCAAGGUGUUUUCCAUGACCAACAAGCUGGUGGCGGUGCAAAGCACAGACAUCUGUGAAGCAAUCAAGUUUCUAAUACUCUACGCACAGCAACCUGACGGCUCAUUUAUAGAGAUUGGACGUGUUUACAGUAGUGCAAUGCGUGGCGAUGUGCAAGGCAGAGAUUCGGAUGCUUCCAUGACAGCCUUCUGCCUCAUUGCCAUGCAGGAGGCACGCUCAACAUGUGCUGCCACUGUUAAUAGCCUACCAGGCAGCAUCAACAAAGCAGUGAACUAUCUGGAGAGACGUCUGCCAGACCUCACCUACUCAUAUGCUGUAACAAUGACAUCGUAUGCACUGGCAAAUGAAAACAAACUGAACAAGGAGAUCCUCAACAAGUUUAUUUCCCCAGAGUUGACCCACUGGCCAACACCUAGAGGAGGUGUUAUCACACUGGAGGCCACAGCUUACGGCCUUCUGGCUCUGGUCAAAGCCAAAGCAUUUGAAGAUGCCAGACCUGUUGUCAGAUGGUUCAACAAACAGCAGCAAGUGGAUGGAGGCUAUGGAUCAACUCAGGCUACCAUAAUGGUGUACCAGGCCAUAUCAGAGUACUGGGCCAGCGCUGAAGAACCACCGUAUGAUCUGAAUGUGGACAUCUUGUUGCCGGGCAAAUCAAUGCCUGACAACUUCAAAUUUAACAGGGAAAAUCACUACCAAACCAAGACAUCUGAAAUCAACGAUAUAAACCAGGAUGUGAAGGUGACUGCCACAGGCUCAGGAGAAGCAACAGUCCAAAUGGUGUCGGUGUAUUACGCUCAGCUUCAACAAAAGGAGAGUGACUGUGGGAGGUUUAACUUGUCAGUGGAGCUCCUCCCAGAAAGAAAGGAUGGGGAUGAGGAAGUACACAAGCUGAAAAUAGAGGUUUUGUAUAAGGACAGAGAUCAAGAUGCAUCCAUGACAAUCUUGGAUAUUGGCUUGCUGACUGGCUUCACUCCAAACACAGACGACCUGGCCUUAUUGGCUAAAGGACGUGCCCGCACUAUUUCAAAAUAUGAGAUGAACACAGCCCUGUCAGAAAGAGGCUCACUCAUCAUCUACCUGGACAAGCUUUCACACACACGACCAGAGGAGAUCUCCUUUAGGAUCAAUCAGAAGUUUAAAGUGGGCGUCUUACAACCAGCUGCUGUGUCUGUCUACGAAUACUAUGACCAGACACCUUGUGUGAAAUUCUACCAUCCAACAAGGAGAGAUGGACAGCUGCGAAUCUGUAGAGGAACUGAAUGCACAUGUGCUGAAGAGAACUGCAGUAUGCAAAAGAAGGGCGGGAUUUCCAACGACCAGCGCACAAUUAAAAUCUGUGAGAGUACAGAAACAAGCACAAUAGAUUUUGCGUACAAAGUGAGACUGGAACAGUUGGUGACAUUGCAUAGUGACAUUUACACAGUGCGGGUACUGGAUGUCAUCAAAGAAGGAACCUAUGAUGUGGCUCCUCUGAAUCAACUGCGCACAUUCCUUAGUUUUCCGUACUGCAGGGAGUCUUUAGAUCUGACGAUGGGCAAAACCUACCUUAUCAUGGGUUCAUCCAAAGAUAUUCAUAGAGAUGACAAAAACCUCUCGUAUCAGUAUGUGUUUGGUGAGAGAACCUGGAUCGAGUACUGGCCCACUGAAGCUGAGUGUAGAACUGAGGAACACAGACUUACCUGUCUGGGCAUGGAUGAGAUGGUUCAGCAAUACCAACUCUUUAACUGUGAGCCGCAAUGAAAAUCAAGGAAAUAAAGAGUAACUUUGAAAUUGUUUCAUUUU